AUGGAGGUCGGUGAUCCUGUAAUCCUGCAUCCUCUCGCAACCUGCGGCCUGUGCCGUGCUUGUCGCUUCGGUGACGAUGUACACUGCGAGAACAGCACCUUUCCGGGUAUCAAUGUCGACGGUGGCUACGCAGAGUACAUGAAGACCACAGCCAGAUCGAUCGUUAAGCUUGACCCAAAGCUCAAGCCAGCAGACGUUGUAGCCUUGGCAGAUGCUGGACUGACAGCUCACCAUGUGGCGAGCAAAGCUGCGAAGUUCCUUCGUCCAGGCGACAACUGCCUCGCAAAGCAGAUUGGCGCGGAUCACACCGUUCAAGCAACGGACGAUGGCAGCUUUGUAAAGGAGGUCCUCGAAUUGACCAAUGGCCAAGGCGCGGAGGCCGUCAUCGACUUCGUAGCAGAAGGCGGCUCAACAUCCACCGGUGUCAAAAUGCUGAGGAGGGCGGGAAAUCACUACGUGGUCGGCUACGGAGAAAACAUCAAUAUCCCAACAAUCGAUAUAAUCUCCGCCGAGAUCAAUUUCAUUGGCAAUCUAGUCGGAAGUUACAACGACCUUGUAGAGCUGAUGACUCUGGCAGCGCAGGGCAAAGUUAAGCUGCACACGACUCAGUAUAAGCUCGAGGAUUUUCAGAAAGCCAUUGACGAUUUGAGCUCCGGAAAGGUCAGGGGCCGUGCAAUCCUCAUUCCGUAG